AUGUCGCUGCUGGGGACGCUAAAUUCCAACGUGACGGAGGUCCAGGAAUCCUCCGCAUCGCGCGAGGCUCGUCGUCAUGACCCUGCCGCUAGUGUGAGCACGGACGAGACAAUGAUGGGCGACGAAGAGAAGGUCGAGGUCGCCAACGAAGACCAAAUUGAGGAGGAAGUUACUCGUCUUGCUCAGAAAUUAACCCGUGAAUCGACUCGCUUCUCUGUGACUGAAGCCCAAAAUACUUUCCUUGAGACAAAGGAAGAUUCGACUCUCAACCCUGCUAGUCCUAACUUCAGAGCUCGUAACUGGAUGAAGAACUUGCUUGCUAUUACUUCGCGGGACCCGGAACGCUACCCAUCACGCCAGGCUGGUAUCUCCUUCCGUAACCUUAGUGUACAUGGAUUUGGAAGUCCUACCGAUUACCAGAAGGAUGUUUUCAAUUCGAUUUUCCAGAUCGGUGCUGUUUUCCGUACGUUGACUGGUACUGGAAAGCAAAAGAUUCAGAUUCUGCGCGAUUUUGACGGUUUGGUUAAGAGUGGUGAGAUGUUGGUCGUGCUGGGUCGUCCUGGUAGCGGUUGCUCUACUUUCUUGAAGACUAUGGCUGGUGAGAUGAAUGGUAUCUACAAGGAUGAAAAGUCUCAGAUGAAUUACCAGGGUAUCUCCGAUAAGAAGAUGAAGAACCAGUUCCGUGGCGAAGCCAUCUACACUGCCGAGACUGAUGUUCACUUCCCUCAGCUGCUUGUCGGCGACACUUUGAAGUUUGCUGCCCUCGCUCGUGCUCCGCGUAACCGUCUGCCAGGCGUUUCGCGCGACCAGUACGCUGAGCAUAUGCGUGACGUUGUCAUGGCUAUGCUGGGUCUGAGCCACACUAUCAACACCCAGGUUGGAAACGAUUUCGUGCGUGGUGUGUCUGGUGGUGAGCGCAAGCGUGUCAGUAUUGCUGAAGCCACUCUGUGUGGUAGCCCGAUUCAAUGCUGGGAUAACAGUACCCGUGGUCUGGACAGUGCCAAUGCCCUUGAGUUCUGUAAGACUCUGAACCUGAUGUCAAAGUACUCCGGCACUACCUGUGCUGUUGCUAUUUACCAGGCUUCUCAGAGUGCCUACGAUGUAUUUGACAAGGUUACUGUUCUGUACGAGGGUCGCCAGAUCUAUUUCGGUCGCACUGAUGAGGCUAAGCAAUUCUUCAUCAACAUGGGUUACGAUUGCCCGGAGCGUCAGACUGAUGCCGAUUUCUUGACUUCCCUUACUAGUGCCUCGGAGCGUAUUGUGCGCCCUGGCUUUGAGAAUGCUGUUCCCCGCACUCCUGAUGAGUUUGCCGCUGCUUGGAAGAACAGCAAGGAAUACCGCAAUCUGAUGAAGGAGAUCGAGGAAUACGACCAGUUAUAUCCCAUUGGUGGAGAGUCUUUGCAAAAGUUCAUUCAGGGUCGUAAGGCUAUGCAAGACAAGAACCAACGUGUUGGGUCUCCAUAUACUAUGUCGGUUGUGCAGCAGGUUAACCUUUGCAUGAUUCGUGGAUUCCAACGACUAAAGGGUGAUGCCAGUUUGACAUUAUCUCAACUCAUUGGUAAUUUCAUUAUGGCUUUGAUUAUCGGUUCCGUCUUCUUCAACUUGCAAGAAACUACUGAUAGUUUCUACUCUCGUGGUGCCCUUCUCUUCUUCGCUGUCCUGCUUAACGCAUUCUCCUCUGCCCUCGAAAUCUUGACCCUUUACGCGCAACGUCCUAUUGUCGAAAAACAAGCCCGUUAUGCUAUGUAUCACCCCUUCGCCGAGGCCAUUGCAUCGAUGCUGUGUGAUAUGCCUUACAAGGCGCUUAACGCUGUGACCUUCAACGUGACCCUUUACUUCAUGACGAAUCUGAACCGAACCCCUAGCGCCUUUUUCAUUUUCUUGAUCUUCUCCGUUGUCACCACCUUGACCAUGUCCAUGGUGUUCCGAACAAUCGCCGCUUCCUCCCGUACUCUCUCUCAGGCCCUGGUUCCCGCUGCCAUCCUGAUCCUUGGUCUGGUCAUCUACACUGGCUUCACGAUUCCAACUCGUAACAUGUUGGGCUGGUCUCGCUGGAUGAACUAUAUUGAUCCCAUUGCCUAUGGAUUCGAGUCCUUGAUGGUCAACGAGUUCCAUGGUCGGACUUUCGAGUGCCUCGAGUCUUCUAUGAUUCCUCAUGAUGGUCCUUACGCGGCUCUUUCGGAUGCCUAUAAGGUCUGCGGCACAACGGGUGCCAAGGCUGGUUCAAACAUUGUCUCCGGUACCGACUACCUUACUGAGAACUUCCAUUAUUACGACAGCCACAAGUGGCGUAAUUUGGGUAUUAUGUUCGGUUUCAUGGUUUUCUUCUGUGCUACUCACCUGCUUGCUACUGAGUACAUUUCUGAGUCCAAGUCUAAGGGUGAGGUCUUGCUUUUCCGUCGUGGACACGCUCCCAAGUACGCUGAACACGGUGACGAGGAAAGCACUGAGGUUAUUGGCUCUGCGAAGAAGACAAAUGAGACCGAUAGCCAGGAAGUCACUGGUGGUAUUCAGCGUCAAACUGCUAUCUUCCACUGGCAAGAUGUCGUCUACGAUAUCAAGAUCAAGAAUGAGGAACGCCGUAUUUUGGACCAUGUCGACGGUUGGGUCAAGCCCGGUACUUGCACUGCUCUGAUGGGUGUUUCUGGUGCUGGUAAAACUACUCUCUUGGAUGUUCUUGCUACUCGUGUUACUAUGGGCGUUGUUACCGGUGAAAUGCUUGUUGAUGGUCGCCAGCGCGAUCAGUCUUUCCAGCGAAAGACUGGCUACGUCCAGCAACAGGACUUGCAUUUGUACACUACUACCGUGCGUGAGGCUCUUCGAUUUAGUGCUAUGCUCCGUCAGCCCGCCCACGUCUCCCGUCAGGAGAAGCUGGACUAUGUUGAAGAGGUUAUCAAGCUUCUUGGUAUGGAGGCUUACGCUGAUGCCGUUGUCGGUGUGCCCGGUGAAGGUCUGAACGUUGAGCAGCGUAAGCGUCUCACCAUCGGUGUCGAGCUUGCUGCCAAGCCUCAGCUGCUUCUCUUCCUGGAUGAGCCUACUUCCGGUCUGGACAGUCAGACUUCGUGGUCUAUUCUUGAUCUCAUCGACACUCUGACCAAGCACGGCCAAGCUAUUCUCUGCACUAUCCACCAGCCUUCCGCUAUGCUUUUCCAGCGUUUCGAUCGUCUCUUGUUCCUCGCUAAGGGCGGUAAGACUGUCUACUUCGGUGAUAUCGGUGAAAAGUCCUCUACUCUCUCCAACUAUUUCGAGAAGAAUGGUGCUUCCCCGCUACCCUCUGAAGCCAACCCUGCCGAAUGGAUGCUCGAAGUUAUUGGUGCCGCACCUGGAUCCCACUCUGAUAUCGAUUGGCCUGCCGUCUGGAGAGAUUCCCCCGAGCGCACAGGAGUGCUCGAGCACCUUGCCGAGCUCAAGACCACACUCUCUCAGAAGCCCAUCGAAGAAUCCAGCAACGAUCCAUCCAGCUACAACGAAUUCGCCGCUCCUUUCAUGGUCCAGCUGUGGGAAUGUCUUGUCCGUAUUUUCAGUCAGUACUGGCGUACUCCAGUCUACAUCUACUCCAAGGCCGCUCUCUCCAUCUUCACUGCUCUCUACAUCGGUUUCUCCUUCUUCCAGGCUGAAAACAGUCUCCAAGGUCUUCAGAACCAAAUGUUCAGUAUUUUCAUGCUAAUGACCAUCUUCGGUAACCUGGUCCAACAAAUCAUGCCUCACUUCUGUACCCAGCGCUCCCUCUACGAAGUUCGCGAACGCCCCUCAAAGACAUACUCCUGGCAAGCAUUCAUGGCCUCAAACAUCAUUGUCGAACUCCCCUGGAACACUCUCGCCGCCAUCCUCAUCUUCGUCUGCUGGUACUACCCCAUCGGUCUAUACCGUAAUGCCGAACCAACAGACGCAGUCCACACCCGCGGCCUGCUAAUGUUCCUGCUCAUCUGGACUUUCCUCCUCUUCACCUCUACCUUUGCACACAUGAUCAUCGCCGGUAUCGAUCUCGCAGAAACAGGUGGUAACCUUGCCAAUUUGUUCUUCUCUCUCUGCCUCAUCUUCUGUGGUGUACUUGCUACACCAUCUCAGAUGCCUGGCUUCUGGAUCUUUAUGUAUCGCGUUUCACCAUUCACGUACCUUGUCUCAGCUAUGCUGUCAACAGGUGUCUCGGGUACAGACGCUGUCUGUGGAGCUGUUGAAUACGUCACUCUUCAACCUCCUAACAACCAGACUUGUUACCAGUAUAUGGAGACCUAUAUUGAUGCUUUCGGUGGAUACCUGAAAGAUAAAGAUGCUACUUCCGAUUGCGCUUUCUGCACAAUUUCUAAUACCGAUGCGUACCUUGCUCAAGUUGGAAGUUACUUCUCUGACGCUUGGCGCAACUUCGGUUUCAUGUGGAUCUAUAUUAUCUUCAAUAUCUUCAUGGCCGUGUUUAUCUACUGGCUUGCUCGUGUGCCUAAGGGAAGCCGAAACAAGAGCAAGAGCUCUUAG